AGACGGCAUGUUCACGGUUUCCUAUCUCUCUGUGUUGGUGUGAAGUGUCAUCCACACGUUGUUAUUUAUUUUAGUGAUACCUGAAGUAGCAACCAAUUGAUAAAUCAUGCCGCCGAAAAAAGUUGCGGAACCGGAAAGAAAGCCAUUAAUCGGUCGUGUCGGCACCACGCUUCGCAUCGGCAUUGUGGGUGUGCCCAACGUUGGAAAAUCAACGUUUUUCAACGUGUUGACCAAGAGUGCUGUCGCAGCCGAAAAUUUCCCUUUCUGCACAAUCGAUCCCAAUGAGAGUCGCGUUCCGGUGCCAGACGAGCGCUUCGAUUAUCUCUGCCAGUACCACAAGCCGGCUAGUAAAGUACCGGGCUUUCUCAAUGUCGUAGACAUUGCUGGCUUGGUGAAGGGUGCGUCCGAGGGCCAAGGAUUAGGCAAUGCUUUCUUGUCGCAUAUUAGCGCCUGCGACGCCAUUUUCCAUCUUUGCCGUGCAUUUGAUGAUGAUGAUGUUACCCACGUUGAGGGUGAAGUUAACCCCGUGCGGGAUUUGGAAAUCAUCGGUGAAGAACUUCGUCUUAAGGAUGAAGAAUCCAUUCUGAAGAAAUUAGAGUCAUUGGAACGUACCGUCGUUCGAGGCAACGAUAAAAAGUUAAAGCCUGAAUACGACGCGCUGCUGAAGAUCAAGGGAGUUCUCGUCGACGAGAAGCAGCACAUACGUUUCCACGACUGGAGCGCCGCGGAUAUCGAGGUGUUGAACAAGCAUCUAUUUCUGACCUCGAAGCCGGCCAUCUACUUGGUCAACUUGUCGGAGAAGGACUACAUCAAGAAGAAGAACAAAUGGUUGCUCAAGAUCAAAGAAUGGGUUGACAAAAACGAUCCCGGCUCCAUCCUCAUCCCGUUCUCAGGUGUGUUCGAGCAGAAAUUGGUUGAGAUGGACGAGGCCGAAGCGAAGAAAUACAUGGAGGAUAACAAAGCGACGAGCGCGCUUGAAAAAAUUAUCGUACAAGGCUACAAGGCGCUUAAUUUGGAGUACUUCUUCACGGCUGGAGUAGAUGAAGUCAAGGCAUGGACUGUACAGAAAGGCACAAAGGCGCCCCAAGCUGCGGGUAGAAUUCACACUGACUUCGAAAAAGGUUUCAUCAUGGCCGAAGUGAUGAAGUUCGUCGAUUUCAAAGAAGAGGGAUCUGAAGCGGCUGCAAAAGCAGCGGGCAAGUAUCGUCAGCAAGGAAGAAAUUAUACCGUCGAGGAUGGUGAUAUUAUCUUCUUUAAAUUCAACGCUGGUGCUGGCUUGAAAGAUGCAAAGAAGAAAUGAUUAAGGGUUUUGAUACCAAUCAUGGUUUUCCUUUAUUUGAACAUGGUUUUCUUCUUUUUAAGCAUGCACUGUUAAAUAAAAAAAACGCAUUUAUUCUUUGGUUUGCGUAAUACUGUCGUCAUGA